CGAUGGAUGUAUCCAACAUGGUAAUAUAUGCUGAUGAUUCUCAUUCAGAGCACAUCAGGAAGUGAGAGUUAAGGAAAAGAGCGAGAAAGAGAGAGUGUUGCUUGAAUCCGAACACAGACCUGUUUUGAGGAAGUGAAACUUUCAGGCGUUUGCUGUCAGGUGAAAGUGAAAUGGCGCAGCAAGGAGUUCAAGUGGACCAUGAGAAAUUCUGCUGUUCGAUCUGUCUGGAUCUACUGAAGGAUCCGGUGACUAUUCCCUGUGGACACAGCUACUGCAUGAACUGUAUUAAAACCCACUGGGAUGGAGAGGACGUGAAGAAAGUCCACAGCUGCCCUCAGUGCAGGCAGACCUUCACACCGAGGCCUGUCCUGACGAAAAACACAAUGUUAGCAGAUUUAGUGGAGGAACUGAAGAAGACUGGACUCCAAGCUGCUCCUGCUGAUCACUGCUAUGCUGGACCUGAAGAUGUGGCCUGUGAUGUCUGCACUGGGAGGAAACUGAAAGCUCUCAAGUCCUGUCUGGUGUGUGUCGUCUCUUACUGUGAGCAGCACCUUCAGCCUCAUUAUGAUGUAGCUCAGUUAAAGAAACACAAGCUGGUGGACCCCUCCAACAAGUUCCAGGAGAACAUCUGCUCUCGUCAUGAUGAGGUGAUGAAGAUGUUCUGCCGUACUGAUCAGCAGUGUAUCUGUUAUCUGUGCUCUGUGGAUGAACAUAAAGGCCACGACACAGUCUCAGCUGCAGCAGAGAGGACUGAGAGGCAGAGAGAGCUGGAGGUGAGUCGACAAAACAUCCAGCUAAGGAUUCAUGACAGUAAGAAAGUUAUGAAGCUGCUUCAACCGGAGGUGGAGGCUAUCAAUCGUUUUGCUAAUAAAGCAGUGAAGGACAGUGAGAAGAUCUUCACUGAGCUGAUCCAUUUCAUCAAGAAAAAAAGCGCUGAUGUGAAGCAGCAGGUCAGAUCCCAGCAGAAAACUGAAGUGAGUCGAGUCAAUGAAUUUAAGAAGAAGCUGGAGCAGGAGAUCACUGAGCUGAAGAGGAAAGAUGCUGAGCUGAUGAAGCUCUCACACACAGAGGAUCACACCCAGUUUCUACACAACUACUCCUCACUGUCACCACUCAGUGAAUCUACAGAGUUGCCCAGCAGCAAAAGCCGUCCUCUGCAGUACUUUGAGGAUGUGACAGCGGCUGUGUCAGAGGUCAGAGAUAAUCUACAGGACGUUCUGAAUAAGAGGUGGCCAAAGCUUUUACGGACAGUGACUGAGGUGGAUGCCUUACUGUCGCAACAACUGAGAACCAGAGAGGAAUUCUUACAGUAUGCGUGUCACCUCACACUAGAUCCAAAUUCAAAGAGCUACUUGAUGCUGUUAUCUAAGAGGAACCGUAAAGUAACAACUUUUCCAGGGAACUUAUUCUUAUCACAUUCUGACCCCUCAGCUGGAUUCACUAAUCAUUGGCAGGUCCUGAGUAGAGAGAGUCUGACUGGACGUUGUUACUGGGAGGUGGAGUGGGAUGCACUAGUCACAAUAGCUGUUGCAUACAAGGAUAUGAGCAGAUCAGGGGCCUAUAAUGAAUGUACAUUUGGAGAAAAUGACAAGUCUUGGGCGUUAUGUUGUUUUGCUGAAUAUGAAUUCAAACAUAACGCUAUUAGUACUCCAGUAUCGGGUACAUGUCAAUGGGGCAACAAAGUGAUAGGAGUGUUCCUGGAUCAUAAGGCAGGUAUUCUGUCCUUUUACAAAGUGGAUAAAACCAUGACUCUCCUCCACAGAGUCCAGACCACAUUCACUCAGCCUCUCUAUGCUGGACUUGCUCUUCAUUAUUCUAGAGGAGACAAUGCUGAGCUGCGUGAGCUAAAGUAGACAGGAUUUUUUCAAGUGGCAGUGGGCUAGAUUUUUUUUUCUGUAUUUUAUUCUGCUGUGUUGCUAAGCACUUAUUAAUUUGGUGUUCAUGCAUAGUGUGUCCCAAAUAUCAACUGUCACUCAAACCCAGUGUCGUCAUUGUAUUUUCUGUUCGUGUUUCUGUAGGUGGCAGUCACAGCUGUGGUGGCAAUUACUGCUUAUGUUAACAGUGCAGCACUGUGGCUCACUAAAGAGACAUCUAUAUUGGUGUAAUCACUACUGCAGCCAAUCUGCAACACAGACAAGUUGAACAUGCUUAGACAUAUACUGUGGUGUCAUUUCAUAGCUAUUGUAUUUUUAUGCAUAUCCUAAUGCCUGAAAUUACUGCUCAUUUGAUUGCUAUAAAAUUAGCUGUGUUGUCCUCCUGUAACAUUAUCCCUACAUUAUCUUUUCAAUAAGGAAUUGCAGUGUAAAUAGAAUUAGUGCUAUCUUAAUCAAUGAGGAAGAGGUGAGAUGUUUAGUUGAUUUAUU